AUGGGUCAGGAUUUCAUCAUUGGAUGCGUCGGCAAGCCAUCUGCAGGUACGCAGGAAGGCGGGAGAUGGAGAUUGGUGCGAGCACCGAUGAACCACAUCACUGGUGUGUGACUCCCUUCAUUCAUGUGAACCGCACACGCAGGCAAGUCGACGUUCUUCAACGCUGUGACGGACGGCAAGGCCAAGAUCGGCAACUAUCCCUUCACAACCAUCGAGCCAAACCAGGGCGUCGGCUACUACACCACACAAUGCCCUUGCAAAAAGUAGUUAAUGAGCAUCGCUGACUGACCACAACGGAGCAGCAGGAUCAGAUCCAUCAUCCACUGUCUGCUUGCUGCGUGCCCUGCCUGUGUGUUGUGUCUGUAUGUGCAGAUACGGUGUCAGGUGCCGGCCACGGUAUGGGUGGUGCCACGAUGGGCGGCGGAAGGUGCCUGUUAAGCUGCUGGACGUCGCUGGGCUGAUCCCUGGGGCGUCAGAGGGCUUGGGUCUGGGCAACAAGUUCCUGGACGACCUGCGGCACGCCGACGUGCUCCUGCACAUCAUCGAUGUGUCUGGAACCACAAACGAAAAGGUGGUCGACGGAUGGGAUCCACCGCACCUACCGUUGAGUGUGUAUAAAUAUUGUGUGUGUGCAGGGUGAGUCGACUACAGGGUACGACCCGUCAGGCGACCAUGAGUGGCUCGAGAUGGAAGUACAACUAUGGUAUGGUCUGUUCGCCAGCAUACAAAUUCCACCAGAGGGAUUGGAGUUGUAUGCUCUUUCUUGCCUCCAGGAUAUACAACAAUCUGUUUAGUCGGUGGCAGACCGUCGCCAAGCGCCACCAGGCCACCAACAGGUGAACCACACACACCAGACACACAGAGCAAGCAGGUAUCUAGACAUCAGUCACGCAUGUGUGCCGCUGUAGGCAAUGCGACGCGUUCAUUGCAGUCCCGUCGUGCAGACACUGCUCGCACAGCUGUCGGGCUACGGCGCCAAGGAACCACUCGUGAGUCACGCACUGGCCGGCACACAACGAGCAAAAGUCUGUAUUUGUCUUAUCUGUGUGUGUGUGUGUGUCAGAUCCAGUCGGUGUUGGAUGAGCUGCACGUGAAGGAUCCCGUCAAUCUGAUGGAGUGGGACAAGGAGCAGAUACGACAGCUGGUGACUGGGUGGGUGGGUGGGUGGGUGGGUGGGUGGCCACACCAGCAUAGCACCAUACACCGAUGGGAUGGCCGCCGGCUCACAUGUAUGUGCCGUAUCUCUCUGUCAGGUGCGUGUGUUUGUGCGUCGUCGGUUCAUGUUCAUCUUGGUGCUCAACAAGGCCGACUCGGGCGGCGACACCGACGCCAACGCACUCAAGCUCUCCCAGAAGUACGACGAGGGGCGAAUCGUCAUGUGCAGCGCACUCGCAGAAUGCUUCCUCAGGAAAAUGAAGGACCAGGUACAGUAAGUACCCCAGCCGGUGCAAACAGGCGACUGACUGAGCCAUAGAUCCAUUGGUUGUGUUGUGUUGUGUUGUGUUGUCUUGUGCUGUGUCUUCAUCGUCAGAAGUACAUUCGUUACGACGAGGGGUCGUUCAUGUUCACCACUGCAGAGGAAGAAGAGAAUGAGAGCGAGGCCCAGCAGCCGAAUGGCGGGCAAUCAUCAGAUGACGCGCCAGGCAGCAGCAAGAGGCCAUCAUCCUCACAGAAACCGUUGAAGCCGCUGGACGGCAAGGUCUCUCAGCGGCUGGAGAAGAUCCGCGACAUGGUCCUUUUCAGACAUGGCUCCACGGGCGUACACCAGGUACACGGACAUACUGUGGUGCCUUUGUGGCGGACACACACCUGUCUGGCUGGCUGGCUGGCUGGCUGUGUGUGUGUGUGUGUCAGGCCAUCGAUCGUGCGGUGGAGGUGGCAGGUCUGGUGCCAGUGUAUCCCGUCAAGAACAUCACACACUUCGGGGGAGGGGGCAAGGGCGAGGGCGCCUUCCCUGAGUGCGUGCUCGUCAGACCUGGCACCACGUAAGCCAUCCCUGCUGUAUGUGGUGGUGAGGAUACAUACCUUGUGUGUCGUUCCUGACGUUGCAGUGUUCGUCAGUUUGCGGGCAUGCUUCACCAUGAGAUCGACAAGCAUUUUCUGUAUGCCGAGGGGCCCGACGGCCGGCGGCUGGGUGAGGAUGAUGAGAUAACGGCCGAGAGGAACAUCAUACGAUACGUGACGGAGAGAGCCGCUGAGGAGAACUCUCACUGACUGACCGAUGAGUGGGUGUGAUGGGUGUGGGUGGUGCGAAGACUUGUUGGAUUGUUGAUUGCACUCCUCCGUAGUCCGUUGCAUCCAUGCAUUGCAUGUGUAACCACCGUCUCGUACAUAUGUGCGUAUUGAACGUACACAUUCA